GCCUAUUGACACGUCGCCAUAUUGUUUUGGUGGACAACUUGAAACGUGUAAACAUUGCUGUUUUUAUUUGUAAUAAACAACUUCUAACUUCGAGAUUCGUUGUUGUUGCAUGAAAUCACCGCAUCAAUAAUGAGUGGCAGAUCUGGACCACCUGUCAAAUUGAUCUUUUAUGGUUUGAUUUUCGUUAGUUUUGUCUAUAUUUUAUACAUUUAUACAUCAACCACUGACAAAUUACGAAAUGCUCAAAACCAAGCCGAACGCUACCGAAGAGAAGAGGAAACUAAAGUCAGUCAACUCCAGGAUGUGUUGAAAGCUAAAGAUGAUUUACAAGAGAGAUGUGAAAGUGAAAGACAAGAAUUUGUCAGUAGGAUUAACUCUUUGAAUCAACAACAGAAAAUGCUUAAGGGUCGUAAUGAAGAAAUGGAAGCUGAAAAUGGCAGGCUGCAACAAGAACUUCAAAAACUAAAAGAUGAUCAGAGUCAUAUAGAAUCUCAACGUAGUCAAGAAUUUCAGCAAUUAAAACAAGAGAAAGAAUUAGAAAUUGCUUCCAUAAAGGAUCAAGUAGCAAAUUAUCAACGCCAGAAUGAACAAUUACAGAAUGAAAUCUCUAGUUUGAAAACCCAACUACAAAAUAGUCAGGGCCAAAUACAAUAUGAUCAAACAGUUAUCACCAAUCUAGAUCAGGAACUUGUCAAACUCAAGCAUCAACAUCAACAAGAUUCUACCCAAUUAGAAGGUUUAAGACAACAAUUGAACCAAGUAAAGAAUUCCAAUGUGGCUGCUGUAAACCAACAACAAGUGCAACAACAAGAAGGAGGGAAUCAACUUAUUCAACAACAACCUCUAGUAGUCGCACAACAGCCUGUGGGAAAUGCAAAACAACCUAUUGUAGACCAGCAAGCCCAUCAACAACAACCAAAUCAACCAGUUGUUGGCAUAGAUGGAGUCAAAGAUGUACCAAAUCCAGCUGAUCAACAACAGCAACAGCAGCAUCAACAACAGGAAAACAUGCAGCAAGUAAAUCAGGGUGGUCAACAACAAGUUAAUAAUGGACAACAAAAUGUUGGUGAUGGAUUAUUAGUUGAUGCCAAGAAUCAAGUUUUACAAAUAGAUCAACAAGUAGGACAGAUUGGUGACCAGUUGGCUAAUUUACAAGGUGGUGCAGCUCAACAAGAUGGAAAUAAUAUCGGUAAAGAAGGUGUAGCAGAUGUCCAUCAUCAAGUUCAGCCCCCUCUUGAUGCUGAUGCUCCUGCUUUAGGUGCUGGUGAUGAUGAAGAUAAAGAUUCAAAGAAUGGUGAAGUUAAGAAUGAAUUAGUUGAACAUGAACAGAUAUUUAAACCAGAUUUUAAAAUCAAUGAAGAUAUAUUAAAGGAGAAUGCAGCUGAUGUUAACAUUAGAACAUUACAUAAUAUUGAUAAAGACCAUCAUGAUAAUAGAUUAAAACAUGAGGGGCCAGUAGGAUUACAAGUACAAGAACCUAAAUUAUUGCUAAAUGAUGAGAAUCAUGCAGCAGAAGACAAUCAUGGUGUAGAUGAUAAUAAUAAUCAAAUCAAUCAAAUGGCUAUACCUAAUUUUGAUCAUGGUAAUAAGGAUUUAGAUUUACAAGAAAAAGUAAAAAUAGAAAAUGAAGAUGAAGAUGAUAAACAUUAUAAUGAAGAUUAUAAAUAUGAUGAUAAAGAUAUGAAUGAAGAAGAAGAGGAACAAGAGGAAGGGAAACACUAUUAG